UAGUUAUCAUAAAACACUUUCCUUCAUCCUUCCGGACUUUCCUUUCCCAACAACCCUCUGCCCCCUGAGCAAAAAAUAUCUGUAAUUGUUGUACUAAGUUUUAGGGUUUUACCCACAAAGGAGGGAAAAUAAUUAAGCAGACAUGGCAGACAGUGUUGUGAGUUUCCUGUUGGAGAACCUGACUCAGUUGCUUACCAAAGAAUCAAAAUUGCUACUUGGAGUUAAGGAUCAAGUCAGGUCACUUAAGAACGAGCUGUCUCUGAUCAACCUCUUCCUCCAAAAAACUGAAGGCAAACGACAAGACGAAUUGGUGAAGGAGGUAGUCAGCCAAAUUAGGGACGUAGCCUAUGAGGCUGAGGAUGUUAUUGAUACAUUCAUCAUGACUGUGACAGAGCACAGGAGAAGAAGAAGCAAGCUGAGGAAGUUAAUCCAUUCAUGUGAACGAGCAAUUACGUUUCACGAGGUUGCAAGCAAGAUAGAGAGCAUCAAGAUCAUCAACAAGGAAAUUAACGACAAUAGGAGCAAGUACGGCAUAGAAAUUGCUGAAUCAUCUGGAGGAGAUGCAGAAGCAGAGGAGAUACUGCACAGGCGCAGGAAACGUGUUGAGGAAGAUCAAGUAGUGGGCUUCGCUCAUGACGCUGAGGUAUUGGUGAAGGAGCUUAUGGAAGGGAGUUUGCAACGAAAUGUUGUUUCAAUCAUUGGCAUGGGCGGCUUAGGUAAAACCACUCUUGCUAGGAAGAUCUACAACAACAAUGAUGUCAAGAAUUACUUUGAUUUCCGUGGGUGGGUUUAUGUUUCUCAAAAAUAUAGAAUCAGAGAGCUGUUGCUUGAAAUUUUGAAUGGACUGUCACCACCACCAAGAGUGAUGUUGAGAGCUGAAUUGAAAGAGAAAUUACUCCAAGGUUUGUAUGCUACGUAUAGCUCGAAUAAUGAUAAACUGAAAGGGACACUAACUGAAGACUUGAAACGUUUCAAAGAAAUGAAUGAUGAAGAAUUCAGAAAGGCAUGGUUUGAGUUCUUGGAAGGCGUACAAGACCAUAAUGAUUUGAAAAAUUCGUUGUCAAAUUUCGUGCAAGAUUUUUACAGCGAGAAUGGAGUUAAAUUGCAAGAUAUGACUGAGGAUGAAUUGAAAAGUGUGCUGCUUGAAAGCUUGGAAGAUAAGAAAUACUUACUUGUUAUGGAUGACAUCUGGAAUAUUGAAGUAUGGAAUGAGGUAAGUAUUGCAUUUCCUAAUAACUCGAAUAGGAGUAGAAUCUUAAUCACAACCCGAAUAAAAGAAGUAUCAUUACAUGCAAGUAGUGUUAAUAAUAGUGUUCCUCCUAUUCCCCCUUAUGAACUCCCACUUCUUGAAGAAGAUAAAAGUUGGGAACUCUUCUCUAAAAAGGUAUUUUGGGAAGGUACAUGUCCUCCAGAACUAGAAACUCUAGGUAGACAACUUGUGAAAAGUUGCCAUGGAUUACCACUUGCUAUUGUGGUAUUGGGAGGUCUUUUGGCAUGUAAGGAGAAAACACAUCGAAUAUGGUCAAAAUAUAUCGGCCAUGUCAAUUCGUAUUUGACUGAUAAUAGAUCAAGAUGCAUAGACAUAUUGGCUCUAAGCUACAAUCACUUACCCCGACACUUGAAACCAUGCUUUCUAUAUUUUGGUAUCUACCCAGAAGAUUUUGAGAUACCAGUGAGGCAACUAAUCCGACUUUGGAUAGCUGAGGGAUUCAUAUGGCAAAGUGGGAACAGAAAUAUAGAGGAUGUUGCUGAAGACUACUUGGAGGAUCUCAUUGAUCGAAGCUUGAUUCAAGUGGCAAAGAAAAGGUUAGAUGGAGGAGUCAAAACAUGUCGUAUCCAUGAUCUUCUACGAGACCUCUGUAUAUCAGAGAGUUCUGAAGAGAAGUUUCUCGAGGUUCAUUCAAAUGUUAACCUUUCACCCAUAGGCAAAUCUCGCAGAAUUUCAAUCCACUAUGGCAACAAUCCAUACAUUUCUUCUGGCCCUUGUAAGCCUUCAAAUAGUCGUUCUAUAAUAGGCUUCGGGGGUGUUGUCGAGCUCGAGAGUCCUCCUGAUAAUUGCUACUUGGAAUGUAUUUGCAAAAGUAACAAGUUGGUUCGGGUGGUAGAGCUCAGUAAUAUGGGCGUUUGUUGCUUAAUCCCCAAGGGGAUUGAAAAGCUGGUCCUUUUGAGCUACUUCAGCCUCGCAUCUGGUGAGCUUAUUCCAGAUUCCAUGUGCAACCUUUGGAAUCUAGAGACGUUGGACAUGAGAAAUUCUACAGCGAGAACAAAAUGCAACCUUUGGAAUCUAGAGACGUUGGACAUGAGAAAUUCUACAGUGAGAACAAAAUGCUUGCCCAAGGGGAUAUGGAAGUUACAAAGAUUAAGACAUUUGUAUCUGGAUGGGCCAACAUCUCUACCUAGAACUAAAAAAAAUACAGCGGCUUUACCCAAUCUUCAAGUCCUUACUGGUAUAGCUAUAAAUGAAGACACUGAGAGUCACUUUGCCAAGGCCAGAUUUCCUAAUCUAAGAAAAUUAGGAUUGUAUUCUUCAAGAUGGGUAGAGUCAGGGAUUUUGUCAAGCCUCCGUCCCUUGUGUCAUCUACAAACUUUGAAGAUUUAUCAUCUUCAUGAGAUUUCGUCAAGUCCUACUUCAAUUUUGUUGACCCUCACAAAAAUAACCUUAGUAGAAUCAGCCUUAGUAGAUUUAGCCUUAGUAGAUUCAGCCUUCAUGGGAGUGUUGGGUAGCCUUCCCAAACUUCGAAUACUCAAAGUAAUUGGAAGAGCUGCCGUUGACUAUGAAUUCGUCAGUAAUGUCCUCAAUUGCGAUGAAAGAAGUUUUCAGCAACUUGAAGUCUUUAAAAUGGCAAGUCUGAACUUUUUUGAAUGGAAAUUGGGGCAAGGUGCAAUGCCAAACCUUCAACGUUUGGUCAUCGAAAGGACCUCUUGUAUGCUCCCGGACGAACUAUGGUGCUUGAGUGCCUUGCGGGAUGUGGAAGUUUUACAUCCCGGUCCAGUUUUGGCAAAGAGGCUUCGACAGUUGCAGAUGAGGGAUGGAUGUAAGCUCCAUGUCUAUCCACCUCUCGACCGAGAGAGUAGAAGUUUUACAUCCCAAUCCACAUUUGGCAGUGAGGCUUCGACAGUUGCAGAUGAGGGAUGGAUGUAA